AUGGAGGCCUUCAACGACAUCUACCUCAACCUAUCGCGAAAACCAGGCGCCACUCGAUUCUCAGAGUCAGGGUUUGGCUGGAAGCCAGCGAAUGGCGAGACGUACACAUGCGACCAGUCACAGAUUAUCCAGGCACAGUGGAGCCGUGCGGCGCGCGGUUACGAGAUCAAGAUCCUGUCCCGCAAUGACGGCGUAAUACAACUCGAUGGAUUCAAGCACGAGGAUUACGAUCGAGCAGCGAAACUCUUCAAGGUCUGGUACGGCAUCAACUUGGACAAUCGAGAACAUGCCCUGCGUGGCUGGAACUGGGGCAAGGCCGAAUUCGGAAAGGCUGAGCUUACCUUCAACGUCGCGAACCGCCCUGCCUUUGAAGUCCCCUAUACCGAGGUAUCCAACACCAAUCUGGCGGGAAAGAACGAGGUCGCAGUCGACUUCUCACUGCCUGCUGACGGCGAUACCGGCGCAAAUGGGAGUCUUGGAGGCGCCCGGUUUAGGGGCAAGAAGUCAGCCGGAGCACGAGACCAGCUGGUUGAGAUGCGCUUCUACAUCCCAGGUGUUGCGUCUAAAAAGGAGAAGAACGAGGAUGGCGAGGACAUCUCAGGCGCUGAAGACGGUGAAGAACAAAAUGCUGCCAACCUAUUCUACGAGACACUCAUGGACAAGGCCGAGAUUGGCGAGGUGGCUGGUGACACGUUUGCCACCUUCCUGGACAUCUUGCACUUGACUCCCAGAGGUCGUUUCGACAUCGACAUGUACGAGACGUCCUUCAGACUGCGUGGAAAGACAUACGACUACAAGAUCCAGUUCGACUCGGUUAAGAAGUUCAUGGUACUGCCGAAGCCCGACGACAUGCAUACGUUGAUCACAAUAGGACUGGAUCCACCUCUGAGGCAAGGCCAGACACGCUACCCGUUUCUGGUUAUGCAGUUCAAGCGCGACGAGGAGGUCAACCUUGACUUGAACAUGAAGGAGGAUUUACUCGAGGCCAAAUACAAGGACAAGUUACAAUCACACUACGAGGCACCCAUUGCCGUAGUCGUCUCCGAUAUCUUCCGGGGACUCAGCGGGAAACGCGUUACCAGACCUUCACGGGACUUCAUCAGCCACCAUGAGCAGUCCGGCGUAAAGUGCUCCAUCAAGGCCAACGAAGGCCACUUGUACUGUCUUGACAAGGCCUUCAUGUUCAUCCCCAAGCCAGCCACUUACAUCGCCAUGGACAAUAUUGCCUCAGUCACAAUGUCACGGGUGGGAGGUGCUAUGGCAGCAAGUCGGACAUUCGACAUCACCUUCACGAUGAAGGGUGGCAUGGCAGAGCACCAGUUCUCCAACAUUAAUCGUGAGGAGCAACAGCCACUCGAGAACUUUUUCCGUGCUAAAGGGAUCAAAACGAAGAACGAAAUGGCAGAUGACUCAGGAGCAAUUCUUGCAGCCGCACUUCAAGAUGACGACCUUGCUUCUAGUGACGACGGAGGUGUCGCAAAUCGCGGUAGUGCCGACGAGGACGACGAGAGCGUUGAUGAGGACUUCCAGACCGAGUCUGAAUCUGAAGUUGGAGAAGAGUUCGAUUCCGAUCACGACAGUGGCUCCGGCGACAGCGAUGCAGAGAUGGAGGAUGCAGAUAGCGAUGCAGGUGGGAAAGAUGCGGAGAGACCGACGAAGAAACAGAAGACCUCGAACUGA